GAUUUCGAGUUGUUUACAUUUGUGCGUAAAUUUUCCUGAUAUUAUUUAAAUACAUUGCAACACUUGUGUAGACAAGCGCAACUAAUUUACAAAUAUAAGGUUGAAAUGGUGUUCUUUAACAAAGUUGUUGCAGCCAUGGCUUCAAUACCACCGGUCACUACUCUUUCUAAUCGGGUGAUUAGGGUCCUUGGUUGUAAUCCAGGCCAUAUGACGCUUCAGGGCACAAAUACUUACCUCAUUGGUACCGGAAGCAACCGUAUCUUGCUAGAUACAGGAGAUAAAGAUGUAGAAGAAUACCAGAGAAAUCUAGCCAAUGUCCUGAAGUCUAAUAAGGUGAACAUAGAGCACAUAGUGGUCACUCACUGGCACCAUGACCACAUUGGGGGAGUGGAGAACUUAUAUGGAACUAUUGCAAAUCAUGCCAAGAUAUGGAAGCACAAAAGAUCUCCAGAAGAUGCACCGGACAAGGAACUACCCCCCUCAAUACACCUCCAAUGGCUCUCAGAUGGCCAAGAACUAACCGUAGAAGGUGCCACAGUCAAAAUACACCACACACCCGGCCACACAACGGACCAUGUUAUAGCAACCUUGCUUGAGGAGAAUGUGCUGUUUUCUGGGGAUUGUAUUCUCGGUGAAGGCACUGCGGUGUUCGAGGAUUUGUAUACUUACAUGCAGAGCUUGAAUAAGAUACUGGAUUUGAGGCCUAGUGUUAUUUAUCCGGGGCAUGGAAAUGUUGUUGAGGACCCAAUCCAAAAAAUAGAAUACUACAUAUCACACAGAAACCACCGGGAGAAUCAAAUUUUGGACGCAUUGAAGGCCAAUCCAGAGAAACAACUCACAGAAAUGGAUCUUGUAAAAAUUAUAUACACAGAGACUCCAGAACAUUUGUGGCCUGCCGCUGCUUACAAUGUGAACCACCACUUAACUAAACUUACAAAAGAAAAUAAAACUAAAUGUGUAGAAAUCGAUGGGGAGAGCCGAUGGCAGUACAAUACGCAAGACUGUACAUGUAAUUUAUAAAAAU